AUGGUUUUGAUAAGUGGGAAUAGCAAAAGUGUUUUACAACAAGCAAAUGAUGAGAGAAACAAAGCUCCAGGAGUUACACUGCAUCACAAUUCACAUCAGCAAGGAAAUAAAACCGUUGAAAGUGGGCGUAGCCCAAAUUUGACCAAUACACUUUUGACCAAAGGAAUGACAACAAUGGAUGAAUUUAAAUACGGGUUUCCAUCCGAAAGCUUAUCGACUACAUCAAAUAAAUGGUGGGGAUGUGAUGAUCGUGAUGAAACCCGCCCAGAUGGAACCGAGAGUCAACCUGAAGAAAGCAGAGGAGAAUCAGAAAAGAAGGAAUGUGAAACCAGAAAAGCUGAAAAUAGUGAAGAAACUCUUCAAGGUUCAUCUUUGUUGAAAGCUGUGAGGAAAAGAGCUGUAGAAGAAGGAAGAGAAGCAUUUAAAUUAGGUGUUUUUCGAGGCUACAGCGUAAACAAGGUAGCCAAAAGGGAGAAAAGAUUGCUUCACCAAAUAUUUGGAUCUUCAUUGCCAAAGUCAUGGAUACAUGAGUUGUAA